AUGGCUUUACAAGACGUGUGUGAUUUUAUUAACUCCUCUCAUGAACUUCAGUGGAAUGCUUCAUGCUUGUGGUCCAGUUCUCCGGAGAGUACCUUUCACUUAGGUGGCUCCAAAACCAGAUGGCUGCAGGAAAUCGGAAAUUCAAGUCCACUGGAAUUUUAUGUACCGGUGCAUGAAUACCUAACUCGGAGCCCUAUUCGCUUUGGGCAAGUCCAACCUUUCUUUGCCAAAUCACACCACUCACCUAUUCCAUUCUCGGACUCUCCAUCUGCUCCUCUCCCCUUUCCUCUGGGUCAUGGCACAACCACACUGGGAUUCAUCUUCCAAGGUGGUGUGAUUGCUGCAGCAGACUCACGAUCCAGCUGUGCAGGCUUAGUGGCAUGUCCAGCAUCCCAAAAGAUCAUACCUGUCCACUCCCACCUGGUGGGGACCACGUCAGGUACCUCGGCUGACUGUGUCCUCUGGAAGCGCAUCUUAGCAAGGGAGUUGAGGCUUUACCAGCUUCGAAACAGGCGAAGGCUUUCGACGGCAGGUGCCGCCAAGCUGUUAUCCCACAUGCUGCACCCUUUUAAAGGCACUGAGCUGUGUGUGGCUGCUACUUUGUGUGGAUGGGAUGGAGGGGAGAAGGAGAUUAUGCCAUGUCCAAGUGAGAGACAGGUUGAUCAAGGACCUAAGGCAAAAAGUGAAGCCAAGGCUUUUGUAGAGAGCAGCGAUGAUAAAGCAUCAAUAAUCGACAAAGACACCAAAGAAAUGGCCAUCUCUACUUCAAAACACUCAGGUCCAGCCCUUGUUUAUGUGUGCAGUGAUGGUCUGCGUUUGAAGGGUGAGCUCUUCUCGGUGGGCUCAGGUUCCCCCUAUGCUUACUCAAUCCUGGAUCAGAGGUAUCACUUGGGGAUAAGUGUUGAUGAAGCGAUCUCAGUAGCCAGGGAAGCCGUGUACAGGGCCACACACAGGGACGCGUACUCGGGCAACAACGUAGACCUGUAUCACGUCACUGCUAAAGGCUGGACACGGAGGAAGAGAGAGGACCUCAAAGAAGAAUACUACAGAGAGAAGGAGAGAGAGAGGAGAAGAGUUGAAGAUAGAAAGAAGGAGAGAGAAAAAGAAAAAGCAAGGCAAGAUGACCAAGCUGAGUUGAACCAGUAA